UGUGCAAAAUUUGUGUUGUGCAAUUAAAAACAGUUUUAACUGUUAGCCGAUUAACUUUCCCAUGUUGUGCAGUGGUCGUAGUGCGUAAUUUAGUGUUGUCCACGAUAAACUGUCGAAUUCCGUUUCGACAGUAUCUACUCAAGCAACUACUUGCAUGGAGGGAUAGUUUACAAACAACUUUUGUGUAGCCGGUGUAAGAGAUAAACUUACAUCAAUGCGCAAUUGAAUACAUCAUGAGUAACAGCAACAGUGACAACGAAAACGAAGGUGGAGGGCUCAAUUUGGCCGGCUUCCUGUUCGGUAACGUCGACGAAAAUGGUCACCUCGAUGGCGAUUUCCUCGACGAGGAGGCGAAGCAACAUCUAUCGUCGUUGUCUCGCAUGGGUUUGUCAUCGUUUCUGGCCGAUGUCCUGCAGGACGAUGGUGCCGAAAAGCCACCGUCGGCGGACAGCGACAGCGACGACUCGUCGUCCAGCGAUGACGAUCGGCGCCGCCGUCGGUACGAUGACAACGACAGUGAUGGUGCGAACUACAAAAUCAAAGCCGACUGUGCGGUGGAUUAUUCCGACAUCCAGGAGCUCGCGGAAGAAUUGACGGUGAUGUCGCAUUCGGAAAAGGCGACAGAGAAAACCGGGUCGGACGCAAAGGACGGCGAUGGACCUGCGUCGGAUGAUAUCGAAGCGGCCAUUUCAAGCUCUCGUAUCGAGGUGAGCAAAUCCUCCGAGCCUUCCACUGGCGACGUGAAGGAGGAAGCUAGUGCCGGGAGCGGCGUCGACGAUAAGGAGCUGAUGCCACCACCGACGGCGCCAGUCAGUGGUGAUGGUGGGGUUGCAUCGGCAUCGGCAACCUCCGACACCGAGGACUCCUCCAAAGAUAAGCCGAAAAAGCUCGAAACUCCGCUAGCCGCGAUGCUACCAUCCAAGUACCAGAACGUGGACGUUCGAGAGUUUUUCCCCGACUUCCGGCCGGACAAAGUGCUGCGCUUUUCGCGCCUCUUUGGGCCGGGCAAAAUAUCAAGCCUGCCGCAAAUCUGGCGCAGUGUCCGGCGCCGUCGCAACAAAAAACAGAGUUCGCGCAAACCGAGGGAUGGCUCCGAUUCGACGUCCGAUUCGGACGAACCGAGGCGCCGACAGCAGUUCACGCCCACAUACGCCCCGAUCCCACCGAAGGAUCAAUGGGCGUCGGACGAUGAGCUGCGGUUCACGAGCCACGCCGCCGACGUAGAGAAGGAAGUGAAGGACAAGGAGGCGGACAGUAAGGGCGACUCGAAGCCAAAGGUGGCCGACUGGCGAUAUGGGCCGGCGCAGUCCUGGUACGACAUGCUGGACGUUCCGGACACCGGCGAGGACUUUAACUACGGCUUUAAAAUGGCCGAUCAGGCGAAGCUAGAAACUUUACCGUCGGUUUCGGCCACCCCGACGGAGAACGCGAUCCCCGACGAUGCGUUCCUGAUGGUAUCGCAGCUGCACUGGGAGGACGACGUGGUUUGGGAUGGGAACGACAUCAAGCACAAAGUGCUGCAGAAGCUCAAUUCGAAGGUCAACGCUGCCGGUUGGCUUCCCUCGAGUGGGUCCCGUACGGCGGGCGCCUUCAGCCAGCCGAGUGGCAAAAGUAUGCCCGCCGCACCGGCCAUCACCGGCGGCUCAAAGUCCGCCGCCAGUAAGCUCAAAACGCAGAUGGUUAUCAACGCCACGCAGAAAGCGCAGGAAGAGAACGAGGACACGUGGUUCAGCAUUUUCCCGGUCGAAAACGACGAGCUGGUGUACAACAAGUGGGAAGACGAGGUGAUCUGGGACGCGGAAGCGGUCAGCAAGGUGCCGAAGCCGAAGAUUCUCACGCUCGAUGCGAACGACGAGAACAUCAUUCUCUGCAUCCCGGACGAUAUCGAUCCGUCGAAGAUUAUCCGCAACACGGGUCCGCAGCCGAAGGUGAAGAUACCGCACCCGCACGUGAAGAAGUCAAAAAUCCUCCUCGGAAAGGCGGGUGUGAUCAACGUACUCGCCGAGGACACACCGCCACCGCCGCCGAAGAGUCCCGAUCGCGAUCCGUACAACAUCUCGAACGAUGUGUUCUACAUGACGAAGUCGACCGAGGCCACGCUGAAGAUCAAGGUCGGUGGUGGCAACCUGCUGCAGCACUCGACACCCACCGUCGAGCUGCGAGCGCCCUUCGUCCCGACGCACAUGGGUCCGAUGAAGCUGCGCAUGUUCCACCGGCCACCGAUGAAGAAGUACUCGCACGGGCCGCUCGCCUCGACCAACCCGCAGCCGGUGCUGCCGCUACAAAAGCACAUCAAGAAAAAGGCGAAGCAACGCGAACUGGAACGUAUCGCGUCCGGCGGUGGAGAUGUCUUCUUCAUGCGCACCCCCGAGGAUCUGACCGGCCGGGACGGUGAGCUUAUCCUGAUCGAGUUUUGCGAGGAACAUCCGCCACUCAUGAACCAGGUCGGCAUGGCGGCCAAGAUCAAGAACUUCUACAAGCGCAAGAUCGGCAAGGAUCCGGGCCCGCCCGAGUUCCGCUUCGGCGAGACGCACUACGCGCACACGUCCCCGUUCCUCGGCAUCCUGCACCACGGCCAGUGCAUACAGGCGAUCGAGAAUAACAUGUAUCGGGCACCGAUCUACCCGCACCAGAUCGGCGAGACGGACUUUCUCGUCAUCCGGACGCGCAACAAUUACUUCGUGCGCGAGGUGGACGCCCUGUUCACCGCCGGCCAGGAGUGCCCGCUGUACGAGGUGCCGGGUCCGAACUCGAAGCGAGCGAACAAUUUCGUGCGCGACUUCCUGCAGGUGUUCAUCUAUCGGCUGUUCUGGAAGAGCCGGGACAAUCCGCGCAAGAUCCGCAUGGACGACAUCAAGAAGGCGUUCCCGGCGCACUCGGAGAGUAGCAUCCGUAAGCGGCUGAAGCUGUGCGCGGACUUCAAGCGUACGGGCAUGGAUUCGAACUUUUGGGUAAUCAAGCCCGAGUUUCGGCUGCCGUCGGAGGAGGAGAUCCGGGCGAUGGUUUCGCCGGAGCAGUGCUGUGCGUACUUUAGCAUGAUCGCGGCCGAGCAGCGCCUGAAGGAUGCCGGGUACGGGGAGAAGUUUAUCUUCGCCCAGCAGGAGGACGACGACGAGGAGAUGCAGCUGAAGAUGGACGACGAGGUGAAGGUGGCGCCGUGGAACACGACCCGUGCCUACAUCCAGGCGAUGCGUAGCAAGUGUAUCCUGCAAUUGACCGGACCCGCUGAUCCGACUGGCUGCGGGGAAGGCUUUUCCUACGUCCGAAUGCCAAACAAACCGACUCAACAAAACAAGGAGGAAAGCGAAAGCCAACCGAAGCGGACGGUCACCGGUACGGAUGCGGAUCUCCGGCGGCUCUCGCUGAACAACGCCAAAGCGCUGCUCCGCAAGUUCCAGGUGCCGGAGGAGGAGAUCAAAAAGCUGUCCCGUUGGGAGGUUAUCGACGUCGUGCGUACGCUCUCGACCGAGAAGGCGAAAGCGGGCGAGGAGGGUAUGGAUAAGUUUUCGCGCGGUAACCGCUUUUCGAUCGCGGAACACCAGGAACGGUACAAGGAGGAAUGCCAGCGCAUCUUUGACCUGCAAAAUAGGGUACUCGCGUCCGCCGAGGUACUCUCGACGGACGAGGGCGAGUCGACCGCCUCGGAGGAAUCGGACCUCGAGGAGCUGGGUAAGAACCUGGAGAAUAUGCUGGCCAACAAGAAGACCUCCACGCAGCUGUCGCUCGAGCGCGAGGAACAGGAGCGGCAGGAUCUGCUGCGCAAGAUCAUGGAGGGCCAGGGUGGCAACGGUGGGGGCCAGAAGAAGAAGAAAGACGACGACGGUAUGAAGGACGAGCAGCAGUCGACGUCGGCGAAGAUACUGAAGAUUACGCGCACGUUCAAGAAUGCCGAGGGCCGGGAGUACACGCGCGUCGAACUCGUCCGGCGCAGUCCAGUGAUCGAUGCGUACGUAAAGAUCCGUACAACCAAGGACGAAGCGUUCAUAAAGCAGUUUGCCACCCUCGACGAGGCGCAGAAGGAAGAGAUGAAGCGCGAGAAGCGGCGCAUUCAGGAGCAGCUGCGGCGCAUUAAACGCAACCAGCAAAAGUUCGGUAUGAAUAACCAGAGCCAGAUGCACCAUUCCGUUGGGACGCCGAUCAGCUUGGGCGACCGGGAACCAUCGACGCCGAAGUCGUUCAGUAGCGCUCUCGCGAGAUCGAGCGGAGGAAAUGACAAUUCCAACCGGGCCAGUGGUGGCGAACCUUCCACACCGACCAGCAACUCGAUGGGUGGUGGUGGUGGUGGGGGUGGUAGUGGUGGUACUGGAGGAGGGCUGGGCGCAUCGUCCUCAUCGUCGGGAGCGGCGGCAUCGGCAUCUGGGGCCGCAAGUCAUGAGCACAGCCCGUCGGCUUCAUCAUCCCGCCGGAAGGCAAAGAUAAAGCCCGAUCUGAAGCUAAAGUGUGGCGCCUGCGGACAGGUGGGUCACAUGCGCACGAACAAAGCGUGCCCCCAGUACUCGGGCCUCCUGACGACACCCUCGCUCACGGUGGCCAUGACCGAGGAGCAGGAGGAAGAGAUCGAAAAGGAGCUGAACGCGGACGACGAGGGUGAUCUGGUGAACGUGGACGGUACGAAGGUGAAGCUGAGCGGGAAACUGCUCAAACGGCACGAGGACGUCCGGCGACGCACGCUCCUGCUGAAGGUACCGAAGGAAGCGGUCGGUAAGAAACGACGCCGGGUCGGUGGGGAUUCGCAUUGCGAUUACCUGCAGCGGCACAACAAAACCACCAACCGGCAGCGGACGGACCCGGUGGUGGUGUUCUCCUCCGUGCUGGAGCAAAUCCUGAACGAACUGCGCGACAUGCCCGACGUGCAGCCCUUCAUGUUCCCGGUGAACGCGAAGCAGGUCGUCGACUAUCACCGCAUCGUGCAGCGCCCGAUGGACCUGCAAACGAUCCGGGAGAACAUCCGGCAGAAAAAAUAUCAGACCCGUGACGAGUUCCUCGUGGACGUGAACCAGAUCGUGGAGAACUCGUCGCUGUACAACGGGGCAAAGAGUUCGCUCACCGUGGCCGCCCAGCGCAUGCAGCAAAAGUGCAAGGAGCGGCUGCUGGAACGGGAGGAACGUUUGGCGCGGCUCGAGAAGAGCAUCAACCCGCUGCUGGACGACGACGAUCAGGUCGCGCUGUCCUACAUGCUCGGCGAGUAUGUGAACGGCGCGCUGAAAGCGAUGCCCGAAAGCUGGCCGUUCCUGAAGCCGGUCAACAAGCGCCUAGUGAAGGACUACUACACCAUCAUCCGGCGCCCGAUGGACCUGGAAAAGGUGUCGAAGAAGGUCGCCUCACACAAGUACCAUUCGCGGGCCGACUUCCUCGCCGACCUGCAGCUGAUCGCGGACAACAGCGAGCAGUACAAUGGGCCGGACGCUAACUUUACCAAGCAGGCGCGCCAGAUGGUUGAAGCCGCCCGGAAGGAGCUCGAAACGAUGGAACACAAGGUGGCACAGCUGGAGAAGAACAUAGCGCUGGUGCAGGAACGGGCGCGCAACGAAGACGACGACAUGGACUGGGAGGACGACGAGCACGAGCUGAAGGGCGGCGAACCGGGUGGCUCGCGGGACACCACGCCCGAACCGGACGGCGGCGAUGACAGUAAUCCCGAGCGACCACCAUCGUCGACCGAUGCGGCCCGCGCUCGGGCCGAGGCCAAACGAGCUCGGGCACGCCAACGGAAGGCGGCUGGCAUCGAUGGAGAUUUCUUCGCUCCACCAUUGCCGUACGGCUCGGGAGGUGCCGCUUCCGCGUUCCACGAAUCGAUUAUGCCGUUCCCGAUCGUCCGUCCCACGCCUAGCAAUCCACCGUUCCGUACCGGACCGCACGGUCUACCAUCGGCGGAUCUUUUCCCAACCGGUCCCACGAGACCGACGCCGAGUGCGAUCGCUCGAAGCAGCAGCAGUACGGGGCCGGCCCAAAUGAGCCACAGUAAUGUGGCCGCUUCGGCGUACGAAAUGAACUGGAUGAAUUUGAACGCCGGCGAGUACGGUGAGCAGCCUGAUGAGGGUGCAGUCGGUGGUCCGUUUGGGCAGGGUGUUGCCGGUCAGUUUGAUGAUUACGGGCCCGGGUAUAAUGACGGUGAUGGUGAAGGCGCCCCGGCAGGAUUCGAUGGGUCGCAAUUGUUCUCCUCGGAAAAGUCCGACGCUGGCGGGCGAUCCAAGUACCCACAAGCUCCGUUGCAUUUGACGGAUGGUCGACGAAAGCGUGAUCACCAUUACUCGACCGAUGACGAAGAGUUCGAGGAGGUCGGCAUGAGCGACAACGAGGGCGUAUCCGUGACGCUCGAGCAAUCAAACACAACCUCCAGCAUGCUGGCCGCUCCGCAGAGCGAGGACGACAGUCAGCAGGCGGCCGAAGCGAUGGUACAACUAAGCGGUGCGCAGUACUACAACGCAACGCAGGAUGAGUCGAUGGAGAUCGAUCCGAACUACGAUCCGAGUGAUUUCUUGGGCAUGUCCAACCGGCGCCCACCGGGUGGAGUCGCCGGUGAAACCGGUGGCAAUGAGCAACAGCUACAACAGUCCCAACCGGACGUGACCAUCUCGAUGGGGCUGACCCAGUCUGCGGAUGGAGAAUUUAAUCAGCCAACAUUUAUGUCACAACACGUGGACCAACCACAGCCCGGGGUAUCGAAUGAGGCCGACGGUGGUGGACAGGAGCAGCAAACAGAAACUGGUCAACCGGCGAAUACGGAGCACCAACAACAGCAAAGCGCACUACCGACACUACAGUCGUUGCACUCGGAUUUGGCCAUUUCCGACAGUGACGAUGAUAAGAGUAAUUUGCGAAUGGAUGAGAAUGAAAAUGACGACAACGACGAAGGGGGCGAUUUGUGGUUCUAAGCAAUGUGUGUGGUAGUAGCGUUUAAAUCAGAAUUUUAAUUAUUAUUUUGAUCUUCGCGGGCAAAGAACCGAAUGCUGGAGUAUCGAAAAAUGUUGCCUGGACAAGGAAUAAAUUAAAGAAACA